AUGCAGACAUGCACGUCUCCAUAUUUGAGACCAAAUUACGAGGUACUACUACUACUCUACUACUACUACUACUACUACUCCUACUACUCCUACUACUACUACUACUCCUACUACUCCUACAGCAGGUACUAUUACGACAGUACUAUCAUACUAUCAUACUAUCAUACUAUCAUACUAUCAUACUAUCAUACUAUCAUACUAUCAUACUACCACUAUCACUAUCAUUGA